AUAUACUUUCUCACGAUUUGUUAGACAUUUGUAAAAAGGUGUUUGAUGUGAAGUUUGGGGGGGAAUGAGUUCAAUGAGCAGAAGCAGAAGUCGAAGUCGGGAUCGGAUUCGUAGUCGGAGUCCAAGAGACAGGAGAAUGAGACCUGAACGAAUUUCUUACCGUGAUGCUCCUUCUAGAAGGGAGCCACGUCGUGCCUUCAGCCAAGGAAAUCUCUGCAACAACUGCAAGCGACCUGGUCACUUUGCGAGAGACUGUUCUAAUGUUUCCGUCUGUAACAACUGUGGCCUUCCAGGGCACAUUGCAGCAGAAUGCACGGCGGAAUCACGGUGUUGGAACUGUAGAGAACCAGGCCAUGUAGCCUCAAACUGUUCAAACGAAGGAAUCUGUCACUCGUGUGGCAAAUCUGGACAUCGAGCAAGAGACUGCCCUAAUCCGGAUUCUCGUUCAGGAGACUUCAGGCUCUGCAACAACUGCUUCAAACCGGGACAUCUCGCCGCUGACUGCACAAAUGAGAAGGCGUGCAAGAACUGCAGGACUUCAGGUCACAUAGCUCGCGAUUGCAGGAAUGAUCCGAUUUGUAACAUCUGCAGCAUCUCGGGGCAUGUUGCUAGACACUGCCCAAAAGGGGACAGCAAUUACUCUGACAGAGGAAGCAGGGUUCGAGAUGGUGGUAUGCAAAGAGGUGGUUUGAGCAGAGUGGGCAGAGACAGAGACAGAGACGGCGUUGGCUCGAUAAUAACAUGUCACAAUUGUGGUGGUCGAGGACAUAUGGCUUACGAGUGCCCGUCUGCUCGAGUCGCUGACCGUGGAUUCCGCCGGUACUGAGGUUCUAGGUUCUAAAAUCUGCCAAUUGAAGUUCCAUUCAUCUUUAGCCUUUUAGCUUCUGCGCUCUUGUUUUAUUUGUGCUACAUUGUUGUUUACUCAUCUCAUGGCUUUUGUUUAUUGGAGUGCAUCAAGACUGGUUUUAGUUUGGUUUGUUUUCGUAAAAUUUGCUACAUUGCUUGUGUUGUAUGAAAUAUUGAAUAGAUUAGUGUGAUGCAG